AUGUCUAUGCCUGGAGAUAUUGACAUUGAAGAAGGGAUAAGGAUGAUAUCCCAAGAAGAAGAUUGGUCCGUGAUUCUGGAAGAAUGUGCUGAAGCACCCACCGCAAAGAAGAUUCUACGAGCUGGAUACUAUUGGAUGACCAUGGAAAGUGAUUGCUGCAACUAUGUGCAAAGAUACCAUUCAUGCCAAAUCCACGGUGAUCUAAUGAAGGUCCCUCCAAGUGACGUUAAUGUUAUAAGCUCACCAUGGCCUUUCAUUUCUUGGGGCAUGGAUGUUAUUGGACCCAUUGAACCCACAGCUUCAAAUGGCCACAGGUUCAUUUUAGUUGCCAUUGACUACUUCACCAAAUGGGUGGAAGCAACGUCUCACAAGUCAGUAACAAAUAAAGUGGAAAUCUAUGAGAAAUUCAAGAUCACUCACCAAAACUCGACAGCCUACCAGCCACAAAUGAACGGAGCCGUAGAAGCAGCCAACAAAAAUAUCGAAAGGAUAUUGAGAAAAAUUACUGAUAAUUAUAGUGAUUGGCAUAAAAAGUUGCCUUAUUCUUUACUGGGAUACCGUACUACGGCCAGAAUUCCAACAGGAGCGACUCCAUAUAUGUUAGUCUACGGUGCUGAAGCAGUCAUACCUGCCAAAGUUGAGAUACCUUCUUUGAGAAUCGUUCAAGCAGCAGAAUCGGACAAUGCUGAAUGGGUCCGACCUCGAUAUGAGCAAUUGGCUUUAAUUGACGAGAAAAUGAUGGUUGUCGUAUGUCACAGUCAACUGUACCGACAAAGAAUGGCAAGAGCUUUUCACGAGCGAGUCAGGACUAGACUUUUCCAAAUUGGGCAAAUGGUACUCAAAAGAAUUUUUCCAUAUCAAGAUGAAUACAAAGGGAAGUUGCUUCCAACUGGCAAGGUCCUUAUGUGA